UCUCGUCACCGACCAAUCAGAGGUCACAAUCCGUCAGGGCUCAGCCAAUAGGAAGCCGAUGUACACUCGCUCCUCGCGCCGUAUUUCCGGGGCUGCUUCAGGAAUGUAAACUAUUCAACAUGGAGACAGCAGUGGAUAAGCUGGAGGCGAUGUUCCAGAAGGCCGAGGCAGACAUCGAGUAUGUGGAGAAGCGUCUGAAGUUCGAUUUCAUGACAAGCGCUCGAGAAAACGGCGCCACUGAGGGGAACCCGGUACAGCUGCUGGAGAGUCUGACGGCCAUUAAGGCUCGUCACGCGGCUCUGUGCGUGCAGAUGGAGGAGAUCACGGCUGAGCAGAAACGCUCGAUGGAUUCGAUCAGAUCUCACCUGAACACCACAGUAAAGCUGGUGGAGGAGCUGCAGAGCACGGCAGAUACACAGGUUCCUCUCCUCACACAGGAAGAACAGGAAGCGAGAGACUCCCUCUGUUCAGCAGUCAAAGCUCUGGCUGUACAGACGCCAUCUGAAGCUCACACACAGCAGGAGUCUAACUCACAGGAAAAGCGCAAAGACGUGAAAGACGUGGAGUUCGAAGCUGUUCCACGGGGUGUACGGGAAAACGUCAAGCUCAGUGACCUCAACACCCUGUACACACAGCUGACUGAACACUUCUCCUCAGACGGCAGCAGCGCAUCUCUGAGUCUACAGAAGAUGAGAAAGUUGAACAUGAGAGUGAGCGAGACUGCGAUUAAGACGCUGCAGCACCUUGGUCUCAUCGAGCUGGAUAAGAAAGGCUUGGUGUCUCUUUCCUCCUCACACUGAGGACACACACGCUCGUCCUCUGAUUAACGUCUCCUUUUCAUAAACCUCAAUACAAUGUUCAGUUUAAUAUUCAGUGUGAUAAUAAACAGUUGUAACAUUUCAGAUACACAGUAUUUAUAACAGGGUUGUGUACUAAGAGAGAGAGAGAGAGAGAGAGAGUCCCCGGUCCCAUAAUUCCUUUUCUCACAGGUCGACACUGAGACAGGUGAGGUGACUGAUGCAGGUGAACAGUUACAGCAAAACAGAGGACUGUUGUUAUCACAUGAUAAAGCUGGGGAAAAAACAAACAAACAAAUUGCACUAUUUUUAUAAACAGAAUUUUUUUUGGUGUGUGUAAUGAUUUUGUGUCUGUGUUUAGUACAUUCCCUUUGUAAUUAAAAUCUCAUUAGACCACAAAUUCCAGUGU